AUGGCGAAGUUCGCCGCCGCUCCGAAGUGUCCAGCCUGCUCGAAGAGUGUUUACGCAGCAGAAGAGGUCAAAGCCCUCGACAGUUCCUGGCACCCGCUCUGCUUCUGCUGCAAAGCUUGCGGCAAGUCUUUGCGUGGAGGGAACUACAAGGACCACGACGGGCAGCCAUAUUGCGAAGCGGACUACAGCAAGCUGUUUGGUCCCAAGGGCAUUGGCUUUGGAAGCACACUUGGCGACACGGGCAUUGUGGCGGCGGAGGAGGCAGCCAAUGCUGAUGCAGAGGUUACAGAGGCCGUCUCGAUUCGAGAUCGCCGCGCUGCUUUCGAGAAGAAGACCGCGCCCGCCGACUCUGUCGCAAAAGCACCUGCUCCCUCGGCUAGGUUCCAAUCCUCUGCGCCCAAGUGCCCAGCAUGCGGUAAGAGCGUCUUUGCGGCGGAGGAGGUAAAAGGCUUGGGUCAGUCCUGGCAUGUUUUGUGCUUCUGCUGCAAGGCCUGCGGAAAAAGUCUCCGUGGCGGCCAGUACAAAGACCACGAUGGCCAACCAUAUUGUGAAGCCGACUACAACAAGCUGUAUGGCCCCAAGGGCAUUGGCUUCGGCGCAACGCUUGGGGACACGGGGAUUGCUGCUGCUGCAGGAGCAUCAUCGACAGAAGUUCCAAGCGAGGGCUAUGCAGGGGGUGGCUUGAAGGAGAAAAUGGCAGCCUUUGAAGGGCAGGGUACACCAAAAGCCAAGGUUGAUGUCGCCCAAACUGAUGCAUCACCGACAAGAGCCUCAAAGGGUUUCGUCCCAUUCUCGGCGCCGAAAUGCCCAGCAUGCGGCAAGAGCGUCUUUGCGGCGGAGGAGGUCAAAGGCUUGGGUCAGUCCUGGCAUGCUUUGUGCUUCUGCUGCAAGGCCUGCGGGAAAAGUCUCCGUGGCGGCCAGUACAAAGACCACGAGGGCCACCCGUAUUGUGAAGCCGACUACAACAAGCUUUUUGGCCCCAAGGGCAUCGGCUUCGGCGCGACGCUUGGGGACACGGGGAUUGCUGCCAAAGCUCCAGAGGAGGGAGCCCCAGCCUCAUCCCCAGAAGGGGGAUAUGCCAGUGCUCUCAAAGACCGGAUGGCUGCCUUUGAAGGCCAAAAGCCAGUUCCAGGGGCAGCCGACGAAACUGCAGAAGCAGACAAGUCUCUCGCCGGGAUGGCUAAGUCCGCCUUGCAGCCUGCUGCCCCGAAGUGCCCUGCCUGUAGCAAGAGCGUCUAUGCCGCUGAGCAGAUCCUUGGCGGGCAAUACAAGGACCACGACGGGCAGCCGUAUUGCGAAGCGGACUACAGCAAGCUGUUUGGUCCCAAGGGCAUCGGCUUUGGCAGCACACUGGGCGACACAGGCAAGGCAGGGGUGAACAGAUGGCUGGGCUGGCGCCCCUCUGUGCGCGGUACCGCGAUGGAUCCGCACAAGCACCCUCACGGUGGCGGAACGAGCGCCAAGCACACGAAAAGGCCGCCCGUGUCCCCGUGGGGCAUCCUACGCACCGGGUACAAGACACGCUCGCCUUUGAAACCUCUUGGCCUCAUCGUUCGGCGGAAGUUGCCCGGCAAGAUGCAGAAGAAGUUCGGCAUUGCCACCUGA